ACGGGGAGCCCAUCGAGGAAAGAGCGGCGGGCCCUCCCCGCCUUCCAGCGCUGCUCCCACCAGAUGGCUGGCUCGACACCGCACCGCUACCGUGCUCCAACGCAGGCGACCUUCAUCGACUCACCUUGGAUAUCGAGCAUCGACAUAGUCUCACAUGACUUUCUCACUGAUUCCAGCAGUAACGGAUCCCGCACCAACAUCAAUCACUCGGUCAGCAUCUCAUCGUCACUCGCCAGCUUCGUGCUCAUUCCGUCUUUCGCGGCGUCGUUCCCGAUAUCCUGGACGCCACACAGAGCAGCGCAGCUGACGGUAUGCCCUUGACCUUGACCGAUCUCGCGGGGCGGAUGCUGAAGGGAUCAGGACACUCGCAGCCGCCGCCUGGAAAAGGACCCCCAUCCGAGGCGCGCCCCUCACUGGACAGAACGGGCGGCUCGGCAUACGUUGCAUCCCCUGGAUCUGAAGCAGUCGGCUGCGGAGGCAUGGUGGCUAGCACCUUUGGAGAACCCAGAGGCCACUCCAGCAACGUCCCGUCCUGGGCGAAGAACCGUCCUCUGUCAGACAUUCGUGAGAUCACCGAACCAAGCCUGGCGGACACGGUACCGCAGAGGCUGUUUUCCGAGAACCAUGUCCCGUGGAGCGCGUCGCGCACAGAAAUGUCGCGCAGGCCGUCGAUCGCAUCGCACCGUCCCAGCAUGGACACUCGAGUCGCGGAGAACCGCGAGCCCGACAGGAAGAUCAGCAUGGAUAGCAACGGCGGUAGAUCUGCGCACCGAGGGCGGCCCUCUAGAACACCAUCACCAUCAAGUCCUGCAGACCAUAGCAAUUGCAGUAUAUACAGCAUUCCGCCCGGCAGCGUGCCUCCCCGCUCAUCCUCCCGAGCUCGAGCACGCAGUGCCUCGCGAACACGGCAGCCUCCGCCCAUACCACCGAUACCCAUUACGCAGCGUGUUCCAGCGCCGCCUUCAUUACACACUGUUCCUUCCAUACCCGCGCCUCCACCUCGCGGGGCCGGUAAUACCAUCCCGCGCCGCGGCCAGUCUCAGUCUCCACUGCGCCAUGUUGCCGCGAAGCUCGAUCCCAUCUCCCACGAUACCCACCGCCGCGUACCCUCCCGAACAUUUAUCCGCGAGCCUCUCUCCAACGAGCUAUUAGAGUUCCCUACCCAUCGACAUCCGCGCGUCCACCUCGGGCUCGACCUCUCCGCCGGCAUAUUCGUAGGAGGCGGUUCGAUUGAGGGCACGGUACAGAUAAACGUCGAUGAUGCGGAGCGGAUUCGGCACCGGAAGACGCUGGCCAUCGCGCGAAUAUCGAUUGACCUUCUCGGUCUUGAAGAGAUGACUGGGAAUCGGCGCUCCGUGUUUCUGAACCUGGCCACGGAGCUCAUUGACGAAGAGAACCCGCCGCCCCACAAUAUGGUCGACAGCCAGGAGCAGAUGGGCUCCGACGAUCCCUUUUGGCUGCUGAUGCCUUCCGUCACGAACCUCCCCUUUAUGAUGAGUCUGCCUCUCAACGUCGGGCCGCCGCCGUUUCAGUCGAAAAGCGCACGAAUCCGAUAUGUUCUCUGCGUCUCGUUACUCAUUCGCGACCAAGGAAAGCAAUACAUUGUCCGAGCUUCCGAAGACAUCUCGGUCUUGUCCGUAUACGACCCUGAGAAAGCUCUCAUGUCCCUACCAAGUCCUCUCACCGCGUCCGACGAAUGGAUCAAGCCUCGCGAUCUUACGGUAGAAGUCGUUCGACUCACUGCGGGCCUGCACCGGCAAGUCUGGGUCAGCGGAACGAGCAUCUACGUCGACGUCCACAUUGCCAACAACAGCCGCAAAACUGUCAAGAAGAUCGAGCUCCAGCUGGAGAGAGACAUUCUUUGCUACAAACACGCUGCCGCUUCUACAAUGGAGAAAUCGGCAAGCCAGGCUCGAAUAUUUGACAGCAACGAGCGGUCUAUACUCAGCAAAGCAAUUGUCAAGCAAGGCACUGCAGGGUGGCAUGGCGUUCCAGCGCACCAGACGCACAUUCGCACCUGCGACCUCGAAGUCCCGCGGGGCCAUGGUACAGUGAAGUGUGGCAAAUACUUCGAAGUGCGGUACUUCCUCAACGUCAUUGUCGGCAGCUCCCAUACUAAGCUCGUGACGGUUCAGCUGCCAAUCGUUCUCAUACACAUGAACUCCUUAGACGUAGUGCCCAACUCCGUAGCCCAAGUCGCUGCCGCUAUCGAAGAGAAGCGCACAGCGCACAGCUACCAACGUGGCCAUUCCCCGCCGCGGCUUGGCCGCCGUUCGUCACGAUCUGUGCAGGGUCGCGCAUUCGCGGCCCCUCGCAUGCAGUCGCUGGAUCGAAUGCGCGCCCAAGCUGAAGACUUGCAAGAGAUUGGGCAGAUCCUAGAUCAGAGCCCCCGCAAAUACAGUUUACGGAGAGUCAAUUCGAACUGGGACUACCGCACGCCACCAAGUAAUCGCAAGGGCCGUCUCGUCGGCGACGGCGAGGUCGCGGAUCUGCAGAGCCGCCUGCGGAGAGUCCGGUCGAACGAGACCAUUCGCUCAAAGACGACUACGGUGAAUAGAGGAAACUCUAUGAGGUCAAAACGAGGCGGCGGCUCGGCUUUGGGCUUCAGAGAGGCCGAAGUGCGAGAGGACAUCGAACUAGGCGGUCUCGGAAUAUCGGGAGACGGCCCGUUCAAGCAGCGCCUUGAGCAGAGCCGCGAAAGGCAGUAUCGCUUCACGAAGAAGAGGAGCGUCGAGAGAUGGAAAGGCGUGGCGAACGUCGGCGUUGGGUGGCUGAAAGGGAACGGAGGGCCGAAAGACGAGCGGGAGCGCGACGGGUGGAUAUGAUGCCCUUUCCUCUCUCUCGACUGUGCUCAUGGAAGCCCUGAGACUCUCUACUUCUCUUCUCUUUUCUUUUUGGAACAGCCUAUGGCUGCUGUCUCUUUCUUUUUGCUUACGACUCACGAGUUGGACGAAGUAUUUCUAUCUGGGGGUAUGAUAGUGUUCGGAUAAUCUGAGUUUAUUAUUCUUCAACGGCGGGUCAUAACCCGCUUGCCACUCUGCGACCUGGGUGAGUGCGGUGUUGUCGACCUCGCAGAUGCCGCUGACGCGGUGGGCGCUUCGAGCAGCUGUGGCAGCUCUCUCAGCACCGGAAAAUGACGUUUGUCUCUGGUGACAUCUCGCUUUCCCCGAAAGGUACUCGGCCUUGACGGGAUCGA